AUGGACGGACUAACAUGGUUGAUUAUAUCCUGGCUUGUUGUUGGUGUACUGUGUUAUAUUAUGCUUUCAAAAAUAGGUGAACCUCAGAAGGAGCUGGCCGUGAAUUCACAUGCCUCAACUACCCUUGCUAGCUCUUCCAGUUGUAGCAAAUGGAACAAAAGUGAACAGUCAGAUGAUUGGUUAAACGACUUAAUUGGAUGGCUGUAUAGCAAUUUUCACCGUACGCCGAAUAUCAUACAGGCCUGGAUAACCGCUAUGAAUGAAGCUGCUAAAAAAAUUUCCUCACCUAGAAAUUGUGAAGUACUCUUUGAAGGUUUUAGCGGUAAUAAAAAUGUGACGAAGGUUCCACGUGUAACUAAUAUUCGCUUACAUCAAGAGCCCAAUAAUCAUAUCAUUAUUAAAAGCAACAUUAGUGUACCUGAAAUGAAUUUCAAACUGAUUACUUCUCAACGAACUGAAGACCGGCUUCUAGUGACAAAUUAUGAUGCGAAAAUUACUGAUCUGUAUGGAGAGGUAGAAAUACGCAUGGCAUGCAUUGCUAAUCAAAUUUAUGCAAUGGCAUGCUUUUGUGGACGACCAGAAUUAGACAUCGAAUUGAUAGACAAGGAUUCUAGUCCGGCAGGAACAGUUUCCAGUAUAAUAGUGGAUGAAAUGAUUCGUAAAUGCCUUCUCUCUGCUGUUACGAAUGUAACAUUAACAGAAGGUAGUGAGCAUCGUAAUACCACGUCAUCACAGUCAGCACCAACUAAUAUCUUUCCCGUUACUUCUCGUAAAAUGCCAACACGAAGUGCUGAAGCAUCAGAUAUUAUUGUGAGUUCAGAUUACAAAAAUGGUAGCGGUAGUACCACAGUUACUGCACCUGUACAAGAAAUAAUGCGACGAAUAAGUCAAAACACUCAGGUUAUUCUCAAAAUAAAGAACUUUAUAGCAGUCAAUCAACCAUAUGUAGUGCUAGAAAUGGAUGAGCCCGCGCAGAAAUUUCAGACUAGCUUUGGACUUAAUAUGAGUCCAUACUGGGAAGAAUCAUUCCAUUUUAAUUUAACGCCAGCAUCUGAGGAAAUUUUGUUUGAAAUUUACGAAGGUGACAUAAAUGAUCGAUUUCUGGGAUUAGCAAUUGUUAGCCUGGAAGAAGUACGACGUUCCAAUGCAGAUUCAACGUAUACGUUGAAACUACAAGGAAGACCAUACAGAAACGAUAUGAUUACAGGAAAUCUGACUGUUAAGUUUGAUUUCUAUCACGAUCCGGUGAUAGAUUCUGUUGACAAGAAUGUGGAUCAGACGACCAUUCGCACUAACUUCGAUCAAUUUCGCGAGAGUACAAGCAGUACAAAAAGGCCUAUAUAUGAUCCACGUGGACGUGAUAAAAAACAUGAUGAAGACAAAACAGUCAAAAAACGUGAACGAUCAUUUUUUGGUGAGCUACGUGAUCGUUUAAGCGGUCGCAGGCGAUCUAGCAGACGUGCUAAAAGUUGUGAGAUCCCAUCUGAUGAAUUAGAUGAAGCCGUAUCAUUACCACCUUCUCGUGAUCACUCAAGGACACGUUUUUGGGGAAGUCAAAGUCAUGACUCGGUGUCAUACGGAAGAAAAUCUGAACGCUCAACAAAAAGCCUCUAUCAACAUAGCACUUUACUUCUGGAAAUGCGUGAAAAUGGAGAAAAGCGUUAUUACCUAGUGCCAUCUGCAAUACUGGAUGAACCAGCUGCAAUGAAGUUCUUACGACAAGGCAAGAAGCUUCAUGUCUACAAUGAACACACUUUUGUUGCUGUAAAAAGUCCAAGUGGGACUGUUUGUGAAGUAUGCCAUCAGCGAGUCGGACGAAGCAGUUUCACAAAACAAGCAUAUCAGUGCCGAGAUUGUCGUAUUGUCUGCCACAAACAGUGUCACUACAAAACAGAAUCCUACUGCACAUCAAGUAACGUCAAUAAAUUAAAUAUAACAGAAGAUGUGGACUGGGCUCACUUUUUGAAAAACUAUGAUAUGCAUGAAUUCAUCUCGGAAGGUGGCGUUUGA